AUGAAAGGAGUCUUUCGGUUCGGGAAGAAGGGGAAGCUAAGUCCAAGAUACGUGGACUCAUAUGAGAUACUGGAGAAAGUGGGAGUAGUUGCUUACAGACUGGAUCUUCCUGCUAACUUCCAAGGAAUUCACAAUGUUUUCCAUGUAUCUUCCCUCAAAAAGAGUUUCGAGAAGCAGAUACCAGCAGUUGUUGAUAUGAGAGAUAUUUCACUCCAACCCGACCUAACCUAUGAAGAAGUUCCAAUUCAAAUCAUGGAUUGGAAGGAUAAGGAACUGCGGAAUCAAAAAAUUCCUUUGGUUAAAGUUCUAUGGCAGAAUCAUGAUAUUGAGGAAGCCACAUGA